CCUAAAGAUUGUCAAGAAAAUAGAGAGGGAGAAAAAGGAACCGUCUACUUUCGCCUAUAAAUGGUAAAGGAACCUCGUAGUAUUAGCAUUACCUUCUCUUCUCUGAUUAUCCAUUUCUCCUCAUAGCUAAUUUUCCCUUUCUUCUUUAGUCAAUUCCAACAACCCCAUCACCACCGUCCAUUUGCCAGAAUCAUGGCCUCAUCAAAGAGCAAGAUCCUGAUCAUCGGGGGAACAGGGUACAUCGGGAAGUUCAUAGUGGAGGCGAGCGCAAAGUCCGGCCACGAGACCUUCGCUCUGGUGAGAGAAUCCACUCUCUCGAACCCCGAUAAGGCCGAGAUCGUCAACAAGUUCAAGUCUUUGGGUGUGAAGCUCGUCCAUGGCGAUUUGAACGACCAUGGAAGCUUGGUCAAUGCGAUCAAGCAGGUCGACGUCGUGAUCUCGACCGUCGGUGCCCAACAGUUCACCGAUCAGACUAAGAUCAUCGCCGCCAUCAAAGAAGCCGGUAACGUCAAGAGAUUUCUCCCAUCGGAGUUUGGUAACGAUGUCGACCGAUCGAAUGCCGUGGAGCCAGCGAAAUCGGUGUUUGGUGCGAAGGUCCAAAUCCGGCGAGCUAUUGAGGCGGAGGGAAUUCCAUACACGUAUGUGUCGUCCAACCUGUUUGCAGGCUACUUUCUUCCCACUCUGGCACAGCCAGGAGCCACUGCUCCCCCAAGAGAUAAAGUUGUCAUCUUAGGUGAUGGAAACGCCAAAGCAAUUUUCAACAAGGAAGAGGACAUUGGAACGUACACGAUCAGGGCAGUGGACGACCCAAGGACGUUGAACAAGACCCUCUACAUCAAGCCAGCAGACAACACCUACUCAUUCAACGAACUUGUGUCUUUGUGGGAGAAAAAGAUUGGCAAAACCAUUGAAAAGCAGCACAUUCCGGAGGACCAAGUUCUCAAGAACAUUCAAGAGGCUCCACUUCCACUUAAUGUGAUAUUAUCAAUCAGUCAUGCUGUUUUUGUGAAGGGAGAUCAAACAAACUUCGAGAUCGAGCCCUCAUUCGGAGUGGAAGCUUCAAAGCUCUAUCCCGAUGUCAAGUACACGACCGUGGAUGAGUACCUCAAUCAGUUUGUCUGAGAGAUGAUUUAGAGUCCCCUUGGUGUUGCUUGUUUAAUUUAGAGAAGACGUGCACCAACCUUGAAGAAGUAAACAAAUAAGUAGGGAAGUCAUUGUCCCAGGCUUGUGUGAGAAAUAAAGUAGUGUGGCUAUAGGCUCUCAGUACUCUCUCUUGUUUUAGCCCGAGACUACUUGUUUUCUUCUCUAUUUCAUUUUGAUGUACUAAAAUUGAAGUAUUGAAAUCAUGCUACUUUUGAGUAUGUUUACUACUAUAUC